AUGCCCUCGCUCGGGGACCGGGUGCGCGACUGGCAGCGGGGCGUGCAGGCCGUGGAGCGCGGGGACUGGGGCUGCGCCCUGCGCCUCUUCUCGGGCGUCCCGGAGCCGCCCGCCAAAAUGUGCUUCAACGUGGGCUGCGUGCACCUGCUGGCCGGGGACCCCGAGGCCGCGCUGCGGGCAUUCGACCAGGCAGUGAGCAAGGACGCCUGCCUGGCUGUUGGCUUCCUCCAGCGAGGAGUGGCCCACUUCCAGCUGGAGAGGUUCCAGGAGGCCUUGUCCGACUUCCAGCUGGCCCUGGCGCAGCUGAGGGGGAACACCGUCAUCGACUACACACAGCUGGGUCUGCGGUUCAAGCUGCAGGCCUGGGAGGUGCUGUUCAAUGUGGCAGCGACACAGUGUGGGCUGGGGCUUUGGGCCGAGGCCGCCCGCAGCCUGGAGGAAGCCAUCUCCAAGGGGCCGGGAGGGGCCCGCGGCGACCUGAACGUUGCCCUGGCUCAAGUGCAGAAACAGGUUCCCCUGCAGCCUCGGAGGGUCCCCAGGGGCGAGGUCUUCCGGCCUCACAGGCGGCACCUGGAGCACCUGGAGCCCGUGGAUUUCCUGGGCAAGGCCAAGGUGGUGGUAGCCUCUGCCAUGCUCACUGACCAGCACCAGGGCGUUCGGCCGCGGCAGCCCCAGGUUCAGGAUGACCAUGGUGGAGCCAGGCCCCGGGCUGGCCCAAGGGUGCACGACACAGGCUCCUGCGGAUCUGGCACCCCCCUCCGCCCCGGGACGCCCUCCGGCGCAGACAUGGAGGUCGCGUCUGGCCAGGCGGGGCAGGCCGACCACCGCGCACCCGUCACCUCUGAUGAGCAGAGUCCCCACACGGACCAAGCUGGCAAACAGGUUCCUCUAGGGCCGCUGGCAGCUGGGGGGCCACACCCUGAACCCUCUGAGGAUCCUGUGGAUGCUGGGGGAGUGGCUGCAGGGGACUCCAAGUCCUUGGUGACCAUCAUGGUGCAGUGUGCCUUCACCCUGGCCCUGAAGGCCCCACAAGGAGCUGACCUGUCCAGCCUGAGGACCCUGCUGAGCCAGGCCCUCCCUCACCAGGCCCAGUGUGGGCAGCUCAGUUACCGGGAGCCAGGUGACAAGGGGCGCUGGGUCCCCCUCCCAGAGGAGGAGGGGCUGCAGAGGGCCUGGCGGGACGCGGCUUCUGAGUCCACGGGCCUGCAGCUCCGGUGCCAGGCAGUAGGUGGCCGGCCUGUCCUCUACCAGGUGGUGGCCCAGCACAGCUACUCGGCCCAGGGACCCGAGGACCUGGACUUGCAGCCGGGAGAUACUGUGGAUGUCCUGUGUGCAGUGGACCACGCGUGGCUGGAGGGCCACCAUGAUGGCCGCACGGGCAUCUUCCCCAAGUGCUUUGUGGUCCUGGCCGACCAGCACGCGAGGAGCCCCGACGACCGCCCACCUGGGCCGCGAGACCAGCCCUGAG